ACAUAUCAAUAAAUGAUAUCUUGUUAUUAUCAAUCAUCAAUUCUUCGUGUUUCUGUUUUCUGCUCUGGUUGUGCUAAUUUGUUAUGGUUUUGAAAUGUCUGAAGAUUUUGCUACUCCCACUUUGCCUCGUCGGGAAAUUUCUCCGUCAACGUUAGGAGAUUUAAACUUUGACAUAGAAGAACUAGAUGAUAAAGAAUUUGAUUUGCCAACAAUUGAUACUCCUCCGACUCUAGAAAGUAUUUUAAAUGAAACAGAUGAUGCAUCUCUUAGUGAUGAAGAAUUUUCGAGUCACCUUGGCUAUUUUCAGGAAACUUGUGAAACAACUUCGAUUGACAGCCUUGAAUCUCAUACUCGUCGUGAAAGAAAACUUUCAAGUCAGAAAGAGAAAAAAAGUCCUCAAUUCAAGAUACAUGGAUCUAUUUUACGGCAUGUCACAUUAAGAGGAGUUUCAGCUCAGUUACAAUCAGCUGCAGAAAGAGUUAAUGCUGGAAAACCAACAUCAAUGGCUGUAUCUUCAGUUAUAGCUGUUGGGACUUUCCAUGGAAUAACUUUAAUAUUUGAUCCUCAGCAAGUUUUGAAAUGGUGCUUGGGUACUACAGAAUAUGGAGAAAAAUAUGGUUCUGUCUCAGCUUUAGCCUUUAACAAUGAUUGCAGUCGUUUGCUUGCUGGAUAUAGCAGAGGAGAAAUCACAAUGUGGGAUUUACAUAAAGGAAAAUUAAUUAGGACAAUUUCUGAUGCUCAUCCUAUGCAAAAUGCUGUUCUUCACAUUAAAUUUACAGAUGAUCCCACAUUGGCUUUAUGUAGUGAUAGUGGUGGCUCAGUAUUUGAAUUAAAUUUCAAGAGAGUCAUGGGAACUAGAACAUGUGAAACUAGGUGUAUAUUUUCAGGAAGUCGGGGUGAGGUAUGUGCUGUAGAGCCUCUUAGAAUGACUCCUCACUUUCGUAACCAUCCAAGUCAAGAAGUAUGUCUUGUUGCCUUAGGCACAGUUACAAAAGUUAUUGCUGUGACUGUGAGGCCAUCUCUUCGAGUUUGGUUUACACAUGCUCUUCGAGCUGAUCCAGAUACUCUACCAGUUUUGAGUUGGCAAUUUGUUGUAAUCCAAAUUUCUUCUUCUACACGAAUAAUUGACCCUGUUUUGGCAUUUGGAAGACAAAACACUGUAAAUUUUUUUCAGGUGAAUUUUGCCUCUGCUGAAAAGAUCAAUUUUAUUCCCCUACAGAAACUGGAGCUUCCUUAUUCAUUUCAAAAUUUUGCAUGGCUAAACUCAAGAACAUUAGUCACUUUAGAUGUUUCAGAGCACCUUCAUGUAAUUGAUGUAAAAUCCAAUGAAGAAUUAGAGGUAUUGGAUUUAGCUGAUGUUCAGUUAGUCUAUGGUACUACUCAUUUCAAAGGCCUUGCUACAGGUGGCAAUGUCAGUAAAGCUAUGGCAGUUGCUGGUGAAAGAGCUUGUUAUUACUCCAUGUCUGCAUUUGGGAGUCAACUGUUGAUAUUAGGAACUAAAAGUAUACACGUGAUGACUAUGAGAACCUGGAAUGAAAGAAUUGAGUUUUUAGUGAAGCAGAAAAUGUUUACUGAAGCUUUGUCACUUGCUCUGUCAUUUUAUGAAGAAAGUGCUAAAGCAGUUUCAGGUCUUAUUGGUAAGAAAUCUCAAAGAAAAGAUCUAGUUGCCUUUAAGAUGUUGGACAUACUGAGUAUAUAUGUAGAUUUGAUUAUGACUCAGCUUUGCCCAGAGAGGGGAAAAAUUGAACAAUUGAUUCAUCACUAUCAAGAAAAAAUACCCUUAUGUGUGGAAUAUUGCGUAAGAGUGAAUAAAAAAGAUUUCUUGUUUGGGAAAAUGUAUGAAAGAUUCCAAACUGAUCCUUUGGCAUUGGGUGUAUUCUUGGAGAGCUUAGAAACUUAUAUCCUAGAUGGUCGUUUAAGAAAAAUGACACCUCAGCUGGUUAAAGAUUUUGUUAAUCAUUUUGCCGAAAGAAAAAUGUUUGAUGCAUUAGAAUCUUGCAUUGUUCGUCUAGAUAUAGCUGAUUUAGAUAUUCAUCAAGUUAUGACAUUAUGUUGGGAUCAAGGACUAUUUGAUGCAAUUAUUUAUGUUUACAAUAAAGGAAUGCUAGAUUAUGUGACACCUUUUGAAGAGCUAAUGAUCAAUCUUCAAAAAGCUGUAAAAAGAGGUAAACAACUCACUGACGAUCAAAUAAAACUAGGCAAUAAAUUACUAGUCUAUAUUAGUUGCUGUUUAGCUGGUAGAGCUUAUCCUUGUGGCAAUAUUCCUGAAGGUCUGGCAUCUGAUGUAAAAUAUAAAGUGUUUCAGUGUGUCACUAGUUUACAUGGCAAAAAUGGGGACGAUACAGAAAUUUAUCCUUAUCUAAAGACUCUUCUUCAUUUUGAUACUAGGGAAUUUCUUAAUGUUUUGGCAUUGGCUUUCCAAGAACCAGAAUUUUCUACAGAUGUUGGAUUGUCACAGAAACAACGAUUAGUUGACAUCUUGCUGAAAAUAAUGGUUCAAAGUGAAGGAUUUUUGCCUACAGAAAUUGGAGCUUUAUUUACAUUUCUUGCUAGACAAAUGGCAAAACAAGAAAAUAUCAUCAUUGUUAACAGACUUUUGUUUGAACAAGUUUUGGAGCAUUUGACUAAUCCAGGAGAUGAUACUAGAAUAGAAGAACGCCAACAGGCAUUAAUGGAACUUAUACAAGCAGGUGGUCUCGCUCAGGUUAAUGAAGAAAGAGUAUUGGUUUUGGCAGAAAAAGCAAAAUUUUACCGAGUUUGUGAAUAUCUCUAUGAAAAACAUCAGUUGUAUGAUAAAAUUCUAGAAUGUUAUUUACAAGAUCCAUCUAGGAAGCUUCAGGUAUUUUAUUUUAUCGAAAAAAUUUUGAAUCACCCUAACCGCACAUUACAAGAAAAAAAAGCUCUGGAAGAUAAAAUUAUCUCAAGCAUAGAGCAACUUGUAGACAUUGACAAUAAAAGGACUUCGCAAAUUCUUUUGGAGUUUUUUCCAAAUCAGCUUUUGAAUGUUGUGAAAGCUUUGAAUAACUUACCAGAAAUACUGUACCAGUUUUUGCAAGGCUUAUUUAGCAACAAAGAAUUGAAUACUUCAACAUCCACUCCUAGUAACAAAGAUGCCCCUAUGGUAGAUCCAGUGGUAGUUGAAACUUAUAUUGAGUUAAUGUGCCAAUACGAUUUAAAUCAAGUCCAUAACUAUUUGAAAAGAGCAGAUGGAUAUCGAUUAGAAGAGACUUUAGAAAUUUGUAGGAAAUACAAUGCGAUGGAAGCUACUGCAUUUCUCUUGGAAAGGGCUGGGGACAUCCAUGGAGCAUUUAACAUUAUGCUUGAGGGCUUGCGAACGAAAAUUAAAGAAGUCACAGAGGAAAUUCUUGGAGCAACUGAUACAAUGCAAUUAGACUAUUUGUUGUCUUGGAAUGAGUUACAAACUCGUUUGUUGGUUAUUAUACAGCUGUGCCAAAGAAAUUCAAACAAAAUGAACCAAGAAGAACGUGAGAUGCUUUGGUUUCCCCUUCUAGAAGCUAUGUUGGUGCCACAGAGACAGUUAAGAGGUCGAGUGAAUGUUUCAUACUUGAAUGCCUUUAAAGAGCAAACUCGACAUUUGCUUAAUAACAUGAUGGGGUACAUCUCACUUCCUGCCAUACUGCAAAGAGUUGUACAGGACCCAGCUUACAAUACUGGCAAAUUCGGAGAAAUAAGGGAACUAAUUAUGGGAAUGUUUGAAACCUACAAUUAUGAAAAGACUUUGUUAGCCACUACCACAAAACUUUUAAAUGAUGAUCUACACAAACAAUUAAGGCAUCUUUGUCAGUCUGCUAAUCAAGCUCUUAUAAAUCAUAAUGAGAUUUGUUCCUUCUGCCUAAAUCAGUUGGAUUCUGAUGAAAAUGUGGAGAUUUUAAUAUUUAGGUGUGGUCAUGUUUAUCAUGCUAGUUGUCUAAGUGGAAAAGAUGGAGAUGAAGAUGUUGCAAAUUACUCGUGCAUUAAGUGUUCAAGGCAUCAGAGGCAUAUCAAUAAUGUUGAUCAUGCUAGGAUAUCAUACAGACGAAAUACAGCCCAUCCUCCCUUUAAAUCAAGAGCCCGGACUUCAUCGUUUAAAGAGGCACGUUUAAAUGCUCAGCAGUUGCAAGCUCUUGAAUUCCUGAGAAAAAUUCAAAAGUCUCAUAGAACCUCCUUGUUUGAAGAUUUAAUUCAAGAUGGAAGUAAAAAAACAUUAACCGGUUCUCCUGUAAAGAGAGCAGCUCUAGAUGAUACUCUAAAACUAAAUUUAGCUCCAGCUGGCAAUGAAAAUUUCCAAUCAGAAUUUUAAAAACUUAUUCUAGUCUUUUUUUAUGAAACAGAAUAAUUCCUUUAUACAUUUCUUUCCAUCGAAAAAAACUGAGACAGUAUCUCUCAUCAUAUUUACUGUGAUUUAUAAACAUUAUUGAUUUUCAUGAAAGAAUUCUAAAUAUGUUUAGAGACAAUUGUGUCCAGAAAUAAGUAAAAUGGCUAUGAAGUUGCAUCACACAAGUUCCAAAUGUUACUAAGACAUUUUGUGCAAGUUAAUAUUCCAAAGAUGUGAUAUAUCUUUUUAAUUAUUGUACAAGUUUUUUUCAUCUGAUAGCUCUUGGCCUUUUUACUGCACCUAAGCACCAUUUUGCAGCUCAAAAUUGAUUUGAGUUUAUAAUUGUAUUUAUUAGAUUUUGUAAAAAGAAUAUUUUAUAUUAUUGAAACAAUAAAAAAGCUUUAAGAUUACAAAAAAUGUCAGCCAAUUUAG